CAAUGAACCCCAUCCCUUCCGGUUCAGCACGCCUCUUUUUCCUUCUCUCUCCGUCCAGCUCAACUUUCUGUCCUGCUGAGUGAAACAUGGCAACAGCUGGAAAAGUGAUCAAGUGCAAGGCGGCGGUGGCAUGGGAGGCCGGGAAACCCCUGUCCCUUGAGGAGGUGGAGGUGGCGCCCCCUAGAGCCGGCGAAGUGCGCAUCAAGGUGGUGGCGACGGGCGUGUGUCACACGGACGCCUACACCCUGAGUGGCAACGACCCCGAGGGGGCGUUCCCCGUCAUCCUGGGCCACGAGGGGGCGGGGCUAGUGGAGAGCGUCGGCGAGGGCGUCACCAAGUUCAAAGCAGGAGACACGGUCAUCCCGCUCUAUGUUCCCCAGUGCGGGGAAUGCAAGUUCUGCAAGAACCCCAAAACCAACCUCUGCCAGAAGAUCAGAGUGACCCAGGGCCGGGGCCUUAUGCCCGACAACACGUCCCGCUUCACCUGCAAGGGGAAGCAGCUGUUCCACUUCAUGGGCACCAGCACCUUCUCUGAGUACACGGUGGUGGCGGACAUCAGCCUGGCAAAGGUGGACCCCAAGGCCCCACUGGACAAGGUCUGUCUGCUGGGCUGCGGCAUCUCCACGGGAUACGGGGCGGCGCUCAACACCGCCAAGGUGGAGCCGGGGUCCACCUGCGCCGUGUUCGGGCUGGGCGCCGUUGGCCUGGCGGCCAUCAUGGGCUGUAAGGUUGCCGGGGCAACCAGGAUCAUCGGCGUGGACAUCAACCCGGAGAAGUUCGGGAAGGCGGCGGAGUUCGGCGCCACUGAGUGCCUGAACCCCAAGGACCACGCUCGGCCAGUGCAGGAGGUGCUGGUGGAGAUGACCGACGGCGGGGUGGACUACUCCUUCGAGUGCAUCGGCAACGUGGAGAUCAUGAGAUCGGCCCUGGAGGCGUGUCAUAAGGGCUGGGGGGAGAGCGUGAUCAUCGGGGUGGCGGGGGCCGGCCAGGAGAUCUCCACCCGCCCCUUCCAGCUAGUGACCGGCCGCGUGUGGAAGGGGACCGCCUUCGGAGGGUGGAAGAGUGUGGAGAGUGUUCCCAAGCUGGUUGAGGACUACAUGAACAAGAAGAUGAAGGUGGAUGAGUUUGUGACCCACACUCUGCCCUUUGACUCCAUCAAUGAGGGAUUCGACCUCAUGCACGCUGGGAAAAGUAUCCGCUGCGUGCUGACUUUCUGAAGCUCCUCCUCCUCAGACCUCCUGGACCAAUUGGCCACAUCCCAGUGUUCUCACCGCCAGGCUAGCUCUGUAGCUUCAUACUGUGUAGUAGCAUCAGCACCAAGCUAGUACCAGCAGCACCAUGCUAGCCCUAGUACUAUGACCACUAUGCUAACACUAGUACUAUGCCAACCAUGCUAGGUCUGUAGCUUCAUACUGUCUGGUAAAAUCACCACCA